AUGCGCAGACGAUCCUCUCUGCGAUCCACGAGUCUCGGCCAAGGAAUACGACCUCGGCAGGAGAAGCUCCUCCUCUUCCUCGUCGAGGAGGUGGCCGGUCGGCCCUUGAAGGUCAGGAGCCGCAAGGCCGCCACUGAUACUCCGCAGGACGAGACCCGCCUGGCCUGGCGGUCGGUCCGAACUUAUGUCACCGCAAUCACGGAUCUUUACCGGACGCAGAAGGCCCUCGGAAUGAAUACGCACCCGUCGCCGCGCGAGGACAACGUACGAGAGUACCUCAAGUCCCUACAGCGCCGGGACGCCCAACGAGACAGGGAGAACUAUGCCGAUAAAGGCCGCGAUACUCUGCUCGAUGGUUACUCGGAGUCCGAGUUCGAACGAGUAUGCCACGAGCUGUGGGCCCACAGCGGCACAUCGCCCGAGUGUCAUUUUCGGACCCUCGUGGAUCUCCUCUUUGGCCAUUAUCUUCUCACCCGUGGCAGCGAUCGUCGGGCUGCAGAGAUCUCAGACCUAUUCACCUUUGAGUUUGCCGGGGAGGGCUCGACCCGGUGCAUGCCGCUCAUCUUUACGACACGAGCCGGCAAGCAGAACCAGCACGGCCGCCUCGAGACCGCCGGCGCGUAUCGGAAUAGGAACCCGCUAAUCUGCAUCUUGGGUGGCCUCUCGUUCUACCUCUUGUAUCGUUGGGAUCUCGGUAGUGAGCCGUUUCCCGAUUUCAGCAGGCGGUCCUCGUGGUACGGCAUCCGGCUAAUCAAGGGUAACGGCACCGGCCGGACGGCGGCUUUCUCGUACAACUCACAGCGCGAGUGGGUUGUCAAGGCCUUCGCCUACGCCGGCGUCACGUCGCAGAAGAAGACGCAUGUCGGCCGCAGCUCGGGGGCGAGGACGGCUGAACUAAAGGGGAUUAGCGAAGACCAGAUCCGUCGCGCGGGUCGUUGGAACCAGGAGCAGAUGGUCGGCUGUUACCUGAACUCGUUGCCUCGCAAGUUCAUGCGUACGAUGGCCGGGCACCCGCCGCAGGCCGGAUGCUUCGAGAUACGCCGUGCCGGCGUGACGCCGCCGGAGGUCCUGCUCGAUGAUCUGGCCCGAGCUGGACCGUUGGCGAGGCCGGUUCGGUCCCGGUACCGAGCAGGAGAACGACCUGGCAGCGAUGGCCCCGUUUGGAACCACCCGGUCUUCCGGCAUCCGGCCUACGCCCCGUUCGCGCACCAGCUAUCGGACUUCAUCCUUGAAGAGGAGCGUCCAAGCCAGCUUGCAGUCCUAGUCCAGGCGAUGCCGGUCCUCGCGGACUAUCUUAAAUCCAUCGACGCGCGGAACGAAGCAAGGACGAUCCAGCUUAAAACAGAGCUAAGCGAGCAGCUUCGAGCCACCGAAGAACGUCUUGCGCCGUGCCACGAGCCCGACGGCGACAGAUACGAUCACGGUUAA